UGCACGACCGGGCGUAGAAGAACGCCGAGGGAAAUAUAAUAGGAGAGGACGACGCAGACAAGGAGCCAUGAAGCUGCUGCUACAGUUAGCGGCAUCGAUUCUCCUGACAUCCGUUUGCGCCAGCGGCUGGCCUUAUCGUGAAAUAGUGGGCGUCGGGCAAUCGGCAGCGCCUCUGUUCCUAGCACCAGUUUAUGGACUGGCACCUGCAACGAGCCUACUGCCGCCGGAAAUAGAAAAAGAUUGCCCGACCAUCGUCGCUGGCCCCGUGACUGGAACCACCAUCGUCGAAGGAUCGUCCAGCGGACCCGUGACCACCAUUCUGUCGCCCGGAAACCCGCUCGACGCGAUCGAGAACACCCUACCGCCAACAGGAAGUGAGCAAUCUCGGCGCAACGAUGCACCAGGUGCAUCCGAAGAUUCGGUGCUCAUUAAGGGAGCCUCUGCGGGUCCGGUAACGCUCGUCGCUCCUUCCGACAAUUCCGUUGCCAGCGUUGAUAAUGCAGCGUCAGCCCGAGCGGAAAUAAAGAACGAGGCUGUUGCAUCGUCAGCAUCGGCGGUCGCAAUCGAAAAUACAGAAGAAUCAUCGGUCGCGGGAGCGUCGGCGAACGCGACGGCAAUCAGCGAAACAAUAGGAGUAGCAUCAGCGAAGGCUGUAAUAGGUCCCUCCACUGGGCCCAUAAUCAUCGUUGGCCCAACUGCUCCACCGGUGCCAACGAUCAGCGUUCCAACAGUUGCGCCAUUGGCGAUCGCAGAUUCGACUGCCAACAGCAUUGUCAGUGUAGCUUCGUCCGCUAACAGUUCUGUCAGCGUAACUUCCACUACCAACAAUUCUGCUGGCACGUCUUCGACCGUCAGCAAUUCUGCCGCGACAACUUCGAGUGUUAGCAAUUCUGCUACAACUUCGAGUAUCAGCAGUUCCGCGGAUACAGCUUCGACUGUUACCAACUCUGCUGCAACAGCUUCUAGCACUAGCAGUUCUGCUGCAACAGCUUCGAGUAUCAACAGUUCCGCGGACACGGCUUCAACUGUUAGCAACUCUGCAGCAACUGCUUCGAGUGCUAGUUCCGCCAGCGUAGCUUCGACUGCAAGCAGUUCUGUCAGCUUAACUGCAUCUGCAGCUUCCAACAUCCUAACCGUGGAAGAAUUGAUCAAAGGACGUGUUCUCGCAACAGAUGCAACAGAAUCAACGGGGGCAGAGGUUUCAUCGUCCAGCUCGGUCCUGACGACGGGGAAUCCUGGGAAUUCCGCAGUUACCGCCUCUGCUAAGGUUAAUUUGACUACGACUGGUGCUGCAAUCGCAGUCGGCGAGGCACCCUUAAGUAACGUUGUCGUAUCAGCGCCAGCGGUUCCCCCGACGGUCGUUUCCGGGCCCUCGGGUACCAUUUCCGCCGCCGCCGCCAGUGCGUUGUUCUACCAGGCGCCGUUCUAACCGUUCUGAAAGCUCGGACGGCUGUUUGUUCGUUCGGUGUUCUCGCGAGGUGAAAAACCGUUUCGUCGCGGGACUGGGCUGAUUUACGAAGCUGCUGGGGCUAGCCAGCCGUCCUUUCGAAAGAGAGUUUCAGUUGGUCGAACGUUGAUCUUGGCUACCGUGGCGAGAAAAAGACCGCGUUCGUUGACAUUGCGUUGGCGAUCACACCGAUACGAAACAAGGAAGGGAAAUGUUGUGCAAGGACGACCAGAACACGCCUCCGUAUAGUCGUUGGCAUUGAUGGCAGCUCGUUGCUUUCGUGCAAAUGACUGUUCGACACAAUGGCGGACAUUUUUACAUCGCGAGACAUCGAACACCUUUGUCGCGCUGAUUGUUUUCAAUAAACGGUGAGA